AUUAAAGACCCAAAGAUGAACUUGUUCAUUCAUCAAAUAUUAUAUUAUGAAACUCCUACUUUUUGCCAGGCUCAUAGAAUUAUAACACUAUUGUUAUACUUGUCACUGAAAGCAUCCCCAGCAGCUGAUGUGUCCAGAGCUGGAUAUAGUUCCUCAUCCAAUCACAGGUACAUUCCCCGGAGGGCAGUGCUCUAUGUACCUGGAAAUGACGAAAAGAAAAUAAAGAAGAUUCCCUCCCUGAAUGUGGAUUGUGCAGUGCUCGACUGUGAGGAUGGUGUGGCUGCGAACAAAAAGAAUGAAGCUAGACUGAGAAUAGUAAAAACUCUUGAAGACUUGGAUCUGGGCCCAACUGAAAGGUGCGUGAGAGUCAACUCAGUGUCCAGCGGUCUGGCCGAGGAAGACCUGGAGACCCUCCUGCAGUCCCGGGUCCUUCCUUCCAGCCUGAUGCUACCGAAGGUGGAAGGCCCUGAAGAAAUCCAGUGGUUUUCAGACAAAUUUUUGUUCUACUUAAAAGGCCGAAAACUUGAACAACCUAUGAAUUUAAUCCCUUUUGUGGAAACUGCAAUGGGUUUGCUCAAUUUUAAGGCAGUGUGUGAAGAAGCACUAAAGGCUGGACCUCAAGUGGGUCUUUUUCUAGAUGCAGUUGUUUUUGGAGGAGAAGACUUUCGAGCCAGCAUAGGUGCAACAAGUAAUAAGGACACCCACGAUAUUCUCUACGCCCGACAAAAGAUCAUUGUCAUAGCUAAGGCCUUCGGUCUACAGGCCAUAGAUCUGGUAUACGUCGACUUCCGAGAUGGAGAGGGGCUUCUCAGGCAGUCAAGAGAAGGAGCUGCAAUGGGAUUUACCGGUAAGCAGGUGAUACACCCCAGCCAAAUUGCUGUGGUCCAGGAGCAGUUUUCUCCUUCCUCUGAAAAAAUUAAGUGGGCUGAAGAACUGAUCGCUGCCUUUAAAGAGCACCAACAACUAGGAAAGGGAGCCUUUACUUUCCGAGGGAGUAUGAUCGACAUGCCAUUACUGAAGCAAGCCCGGAACAUUGUUACGCUUGCCACAUCCAUCAAGGAAAAAUGACCUGUUAAAUGAAGCUCUCAUCAGGUGGGAUCUCUGAUACAGUCAACGGCCUCCAAGAAUUAGGAAAGCAGUGGAGAGAAUUUUUGAGAUACUGCUUCGGUGGUAGAAAAAGAGAUCUUGAAAACUGCAAUACUCUACCCCUGCUGUCCAGUCUCGGACGUCCUACUUCCAGCGUGGAGGGCCCACCUGCUCUCUUUACACACCUGGACCUGGUGCGAAGGGCGCUUUGGAGGAGGCUGGCUCCUUAACCAUUUGUGGAGUCACUCCUGCUUCCAGGAGAAUGCUACAAGCAGGCCUUCAAAGAAAUACCAGAAGCCAAGUGUACUAUCUGUCAUCACUUAAUAAUGCUUGAAGCUUUUCACAAACCAAAAGGGGAUGAAAGAGCCCUACUUCUAAUUGUGGGAGCUCAACCAUUCUUCUAUCAGCCCUACACCAAACAGGCUUCCUUUUAAAGUAUUAGAUCUGACUAAUAUGGACAGCCAAUGCCCCUGGUAAACAAAAUAGGAAUAAGAUAACUGUCUGCAACUUGAUUUCAUUACACAAUAUGGUAAGAAGGGAAUUGAUAAGUUGCCAUGACAAAUAGCCUAGUAUUAUUUUUUGUGAAAUAGGCAAAUGUGUCCAACUUAAAGAGUGUCAACAUCAUUUUUCUAUAUAUACUCUUGUGAGGUUGAAAUUAAACUAGAGACAGAAAGUUUAUCUACUUUGUUCAUUUCUGGCAUCUAGCAUGUUGCUUGCCCUUAAUAAGAUUUGCUGAAUGAAUGAAUGAAUGAAUCAGUUAAUGAAUUAAUGAACAAAUGAGAGAUGUUCUCCUCUAUAUUGUUUCAGAUGCUGGGGAUAUAGAAAUACGUAACUCACUCUAGUAGUGGAGCCAGACACACAAAAGAAAAUGACUCAAAUACAAUGUGAUUGAUACCUAAAAUCAUACCAGUAAUAGUAUCCAUGUUUCUGCUCCACCUUUGUGUUAGUUACUUAAACAUAGUAAACAUAAUUCCUUUCUUCAAAAGUUCACAGUCUACUGUGGAAAACAAACAUGAAGCAUAGAAAGCACAAUACUACACAGAAAGCAGAAGAGAAAACGUACACAGCGGAAAGGCAGCACUUUCGGUCAUGUAGACGCUGGAUCAGACGGCUUGAGUUGACAAAGCUGUGUGACCUUG